AAAAAAGAAAUAAAAAAAAAUGGAGGAAUACAGACAUCAAUCUGCAUGGAUGUCGACUACGCUCCCGACGUUAUCGUUGCAACGAUCGACGUAAUGGCACCGCUUAAUAAUUGAUUCGCGCGCAGGGAGAAUGGACGUUGAAAUAAUUUAUUAUAAAGCAUCGGUUUGGCUAGGUUUGCCUAGGCAGAGUGCGUGCACGCAUGCCUCGGAGCCAGGUAUCGCGAGGAGAUCCCAGGAUACAACGGAAGCGGGAACACGGUCGCCAGGGGAAAUCCCGUGCGACCGCACCGAAAAUCACCGUCUCCAGGCUCGGGUUCGCAGCGCAGGGGUCGUUAUCCGAUAGGGUGCGCGAAAAAGGAGGAAUGCUCUCAAGAGGGGGUUCGCGGGAUAAGGAGAGCGUAAGGGAGAAGCUCGACGAGGGAAAAAGAGGAAAUGCGAAGAGGGAGGUGUCGAUACCGGGCGUGACCAUCGGUCUACCGCCUACCGCAACCCGAUACGCGGUGCAAGCCGACGGCGUUGGCGUCGUAGGCCUCCGCCCACGGAACGCGAUUCCGCCUGCCUGCUCGUCCUGUCCGCCAGCGAACGCUCCAACGCUCGAACCCUCUUCCGAAGCGUGAGCGAGUAGAGGGGAUUGCGAACCGCGAGCGAGCCUUCCAAGCGUCAGAUCGCAAGGGGACGCGAGUGUGCGCGCGUCAACUCCGUCGUCCGCCGUUUCAUCGUUCUUAUCUAUCGGUCAGUUUUCGCUCAGUUUCGCCAGGAUCGGUAACCGUUGGUUUCUUCGCUCGCGUUCGCAGUCUUCGAGCGACGGUUUCGCGGGACGCGAUGUCGAGCAGAGUCCGAGAGAACAAAUCGUCGCGCGCGUAAUUCUCGUAUCGAUAAUUGCUCGUUCGCGUCUCGUUCGAGCAUCUCGCGAGUCGCGACACACCCGUUCGUCCUCGUGUUCUGUUCCUUCUCUGUUGUCUCACCCUCCCCCCUUUCCCAGCCAAGAAGUGUCUUCUCUAGAUCCUUCUCCCCACUCCUACCCAUCCAUCCUUCCUUCCUUCCUUCCUUCCUUCCUUCCUCCUGGAAGUGUCAGUCCCUUUCGGUAUCGCGGUGUGCGCACACGAUUCGAUUACGUACGAUUACAACCGCGUACGCGUCGUUCGAUGCUAAACUUUCCAUCUUUUUUUCUUGUGUGCUACUGUGUAUCUCCCGCGAUCGGCGGCGUUCGAACGUUCGCGGCAGAGGAAGCUUGCACGCAUGUCAGCCACCGAGCGCGCCGCGUGUGCUUCUUUCACCUUGGUGUGACAGCUCCGAAACGUUAAACAGGAAGAGUAUACGUCGCCGACGGUGACAACCAAGAGGAGCUUUGUGAAGACCGUGGCUGACCGCUGAAAACGACUGCUCGUUUCGCGGGAGAGAGACGUAUCCGGAAGCAUGGACAACUCGGUAAAAAGUGCUUGCUCGCGGUGCCGAUGAUACGUGGUUUGAAUCGCGUUGUCUUUACCGGAAAGACGACCACUUACCGACCGAGUCGAUAUUAAUCCUUCUUUCGUGGCACGUGUGAUUUUCGCGACUUCGAUAUCGGCCAGUGCGUUGCAAAAAAACGUAAGGUCGUCCGGUCGUGGUUUCGUUCUUUCGGUUCUCGGCCCUCGGUCUCGUCGGUCGCGUUCCUUCUCGACGGCUAGAUUUCGUUUUUUCAACACGAUCAAAGCCUAGAGCAAGAACAUUCGGACGCUGACGAACUUCGACAUCGUGCCGCCAGUUCUUCCCGAUAAAGAGAAUACGCGUUUUGUCAGCGUGCUCGGCUGUGGGGGUGUAUCUCGUGUCGUGGCGACCGCAUUCGCGGAUAAAGCAGCCAAAAUUCGGGUGAAGAACAGAGAACCGUUACCAUCCUACGCGAUGGAAAUGAGCGACGAGUACCAGGACAUGGGAAAUCCCGGCGGAGGGGUGGCGAUGGCGAACAUGCCCAUUGCCCACCAUCGGCAUACGCCGGACAGCCCAAUGUCGCAUCAGGAGGAGGAUUUGUCGGAUCCAGACCUGCAGGAUGAAGAGAGUGGAGAGGAAUUACCUCAGCAGCCACUUCAGGGCAACACACACUCUUCGUCGGACAAUGCAUCCGUGCCGGCUGGUACACCUACUCCAUUAACGCACUUGAACAGUCUGAUGAGCACGCACCAUCCGCACUUUCUGGCGAAGCUUAAAAUGGAGCAAAGCGACGUAGACACGUUGAACAACAAGAGCGGCCUGGAAGCGCUACAAGCGGCAAUGGGAGGCAGUGGAUUUAACCUGCCGUUCUCGUUUCCACCGCCAGCUGCGUUUCUAACGCCACAGCAUCACACGCAGAACAGUCAUUCUCAGUCAGGCAUCGGCGGUGGUAUAGGAAAUCAGAUGACAUCGUCGGCUAGCUCGCAUUCCAGCGAAUCGUCGCAAGGCAGCGCGCGAAACGGCGGCGAACCUCGGGAGGGUAGCAAUCAUUCGCAGAACAACUCGACAGGAACGAAUCACCAGCAGCAGACCAGCUGGAGCUUCGAAGAGCAGUUCAAACAGGUGCGUCAGUUGUACGAGAUCAACGACGAUCCGAAAAGAAAGGAGUUCCUGGACGACCUUUUCAGUUACAUGCAAAAACGAGGGACUCCGAUCAAUCGGUUACCGAUUAUGGCGAAGUCGGUCCUGGACCUGUACGAGUUGUACAACUUGGUGAUCGCCCGAGGCGGGCUCGUCGACGUAAUCAACAAGAAGCUCUGGCAGGAAAUCAUCAAAGGCCUCCACCUGCCAUCGAGCAUCACUUCCGCUGCGUUCACUCUGCGCACCCAGUAUAUGAAAUACCUGUAUCCGUACGAGUGCGAGAAGAGACGAUUGUCGACGCCAGCGGAGUUGCAGGCAGCGAUCGACGGAAAUCGUCGAGAGGGUCGACGAAGCAGCUACGGAGCUUACGCGGGUGGCGGGAGCGGAGGGCCUGACAGCUUGGUGCAGAGGAACCCGCACACUCCCAGCUCCCUUGCAUUACACGCGCAAAUGUCUCCGUUGUCAUUGGUGACAGCGGUGGCAGCCGGUGGUCAACAUCACGGACCUCAGUCUCUGGUGAACGGAAGCGCCGCCCAUACGCCUCUGCCUCACCAUCCGCAUCACCCGCAGCAUCCUCAAGGACCACUGGGACAGCCUCCGAAUGCCGGACCUAUUCCCGGAAUGGCGCCGUCCGAAUUCGAGGCACGUAUGGUCGAAUACGUCAAGUUGCUGAACAAGGAACUGAGGAGUGCUGGUGCGGGCACACCACCGCCGAUCAUUCAUCGGCAAGGAAGCGCUUCUCCGCCGUCGUCGACGCCACCGAGAGACGCUGGAGCUUUCAGUGCCCUCGAGAUGUCUCGACUCACCCUGUGGAAUAUGUACAACAACAAUACCCUCUACCCAGGCGUUGGUCACCAACCGCCUUUAUCGCCUCAGGCCUCGCACUCGCCCGUACCUCCUGCGUCUAGCCCGGAACCUCAAAGGGAAGCCCUCGACCUUGGACUCAGGUCAUCACCCGUAUCAUCGCCGCCGGCGAGACAGAGUUCGCCCUCUUCGGGUGGUAGCAUGCAAGUGAAGAGGGAUCCGGAACUAAUCAGCACCCCAGGACCUCCGCCAGCGAAGAGGUUACUCUCGGACGACGACAGCCCGAUUGAAAAGAAUACUCCAACCUCCAUAGGCACGCACAUUAAAAUUUCCAAUCGAGGUGAUGGGAGGAAUGGCGACAAUUCCUUGGUAGUCAGUAUGGAGCUGAAUGGAGUGAUGUAUCAAGGUGUUCUUUUCGCUCAGAGUGACAGCAGGAUCGCGACCAGUACGGCAACCAACAACAACAACAGCACGAAAUCGUCGCGGAGCAUUGUCUCGUGAACAUCACCAUACACGCUCACACACGAACACACAUGCACCCUCAUACACAGACACACAUACACACAGCCUGGCUGCAAUGAGUUUCGAUACUUAAUUAGCGAUCGUAGCAUUCAUCAGCAGUGAUAAUAACCCCAUCACGGGCGGUCGAAGCAGUCUGCCAUACGUUCAGGCACUGAUCGAACGAUGUUCCCAAUUGUACAAAUUUCUUAACGCUAUUUCUUUCGAAAAAUCGCCGAGAUAUUCGGUGUGGAAGAUGAUUGGUUUUCAUUUAAUUUGCGCGUCUCAUUCGCAGGACGUUCAGGGGAUCUUUCCUGUACUCUAUCACGAAUCGAUCUGCUCUCAAUGUUUUACAAAUUUCGGAAUUUUCGGGUUCACGAGCAUCCUUCCGAAUUCGUAUUGUGAUAAUAGUUGGGCGUCCAGCCGGUCAUCGAUGCUUGCCCGAGUUCUUAUUCGUCUUUUCGCUUAUCUCAUUGUACACGAUAAUUACGUGUGCUUUUUAUUUUCAGUCAAUUUUCUUGACGACGACGACGACGACGACGACGACGACGAUGCUAGACGAACGAUGAAUCGGACGUUCUCACCGAUUUCUCGUCCAUUCGAUCAGGUUUUCGCAUUUUCGUUAUUUCGUUCAACUACUAGGUUGGCGCAAAAAUGACCUUGUUUUUUUAUCUGUUAACUUUGCAACAUCAUCACACCGACCCAAUAUACUUAACAUCUACACAUACAUACCAGAUCAGGGAAAUGUAUACACGCAAAAUCGAUCAGUGGUAGCCUGCUCCAGCUUCGACGACGAUUUAAUCGUUAUAUCGUGCGAAUAGUAAUGUAUGUAUGAUUUGUGUGCAAUGAAAAAAAUAUGUAUUUUCUUUUAAAUUUUAUUUCUCAAUGCCUUGCAUUCCUUUCGUUCAAGGAAUUCAUGGGAGCGUCGCUCGCCAAUGAUCUCGUAUAUGUCUUUCGUCUUACUCGAUUAAACGUUACACGUUAGAAAAUUAAAAUAGAGAAAAUGAUAAAAGUAAUGUUGAAUGAACGACGCGGCCACAACUGAAAGCCACUCUUCGAAAGUAUCUUGAUCGAAAGCACUCGACCAAAUUGGAGUGACGCUCUGCGAAACGAACUUCCGAGCUGUACCGAGUUUGUCCUCUUUUAUGUUUUACCCCUCUAUCAUCGAAUCAAAACAUCUUAACUUAUUUAUUGCUGCCGAUUAAAAAGCUAGGGCCUCGUUAGAUUCUAGAAAUCGGCUCCUUCCGAUAUUUUAUAGCAUUUUAAAUCAAUACGUGUACAAUUGUUUUUACCGCGAUUAUUAAUUAUCAUGUAACUGUGAAUGCCAGAGCAAGGAUGAGAGAGCAAAUGUAUGCAUGCGUGUAUAUAUAAUUAUAUACACACAUACGCGCACGCACGUAUAUACAUAGAGAGAAAGAGAGAGAUCGCCCAUCUUAUCGUUCGCUAAGUGUAUAUAAUCAUUCGAACUUUCUUUUUUUUUUUUUUUCGUUUUUUUCUCACUUGCAAGGGACAGAACUCAGUGCGACUAUAUACGAGAGCAUAAGCUGUUACUAUUCUUUUUAUUAUUAUUACUGUUAGAUUUAGAGAAAAAGGAAAAUUUGUGUAUCAUGAUUUUUAUUCCUCUACGCAGAACUAAUUCUAAUUUUCGUCUACCGUCUCUUUCGUCGCAGAUCUUAUUCGGUGGAACGAAAAGACCACCGUGGUUCAACUCUACCCGCUUCUUUCCUUCUCUUUUACUUCUCGACAUUCUCGUACCAACCACCACGUUCUAUUUGGCGCGAGAGGAACAAACGUUAGUCGAAGGCAUUUACCCUUGCAUAAGAUUCAAAUGUUCACGUGGUCUUUGAACAGUGGACGACGCGUUUAUCGACGACGAGACUUGGACCAGUUCGAUACGUUGUGUACCACGCGACAGGGCUCUAUGAACCGCAAAACCCCGAAAAAAAAAAACAAAUUUAUAAUUGUAUAAAUAAAUUAGAAUAUUAAUCUUACAUAAAACUUAGUAUGUAUACAUGUAACGCGCCGAAAGAAUCUUGGCAGAAUGGACAUACGCGUUUUUAGAGACAAACAAACAGACUCGUAUUCGCGAGGCGCUGAGGAAGUAAAAUACAUCCUUUUAGUCAUAGUCGUUAGGAUUAAAAGAUUUAGCGAGGGUAAGAUAUUAGCAAUGUAGAACGCGCGACAGUAAUAGGAUGAGAAGCAUGUAGAAAGAGAGUUCACGAAUGUUCACCGAUCUCUGAGUAGACGGCGGAAAGAAUGAGAAAUAAUAGUUUUCGAUCAUCUUAGGUGAUAUACGUGAAUCGAUGAUAACGAUGCAGACGAGAAGGGAUGAAACUGUUUUAUUGUUUAUAGUUCGGAGGUUAGGCCAAAAAGACUGUUAUAUAGGAUGAAUAUUACAUACAUAUGGUAGAAAUAAUUUCUUAUCAUGAUUAUUAAGAACGAUAUUGUUGUCAUCGUCAAUAUUAUUAUUACGACUAUAUUUACUGCUAUUCCUAAUCAUUACUAUUAGUAUUAUCGCAGCUAUUUACUAUUAUCUACUUGUUACGGCGUGAUAGCGAGUAACGGUUCUAAUACGAGUAAAAAAUAAAAUAAAAAAUGAACUUUUCGCGUGAAAAUGGUGGUCCUGGAACCAAUGUUUGAGCAACCAUCUUGGGAUUAACCCUUUACGGACAUCCAUUUUAGAGCAAGAUGCUAAUCUUCCACGGUUGGAUAUAUACAGGGUGUCCAGCAUAAAUUGUUUCAAGCUGUUUUCUUAAUAAAGCUUGUAACACUUUAUAUGGGACGACAUGUAAAAUCUGAUUAAGCGCAUGUAUGCGUCGAUUGUCCACAAAGGAUUAAAAUCGAUUCAAGGUUUGCCUUUCAGAGGUACUCUAAUAUUUUUUCGAGUGGUGCUAAGUUUGCCCUCUUCAUUUUUGGUUCGUUCAGAAACCGAAAAUUAAUGAAUGGAAGGCUGACGUAAAGGUAUGAUAUCAAAAGUGUAGCACACCACAAAAUGUAACUCGUGAGAAUUCGCAAUAUUGUACUUUCGUAGCGAUCGAUUGUGAUUUUAGUACGAAGCUUGCGAGGCGAUUGUUAAUGUUUAUCGGACCGCGCGAUGCGCGUCAAUUUAUAGGUAUUAUUAAUUUCUUAAUCGAUACCGAAACAAAGAUGCAGCACCACGUUUACAAGCAUAAUAUUGUAAUAAUUAUUAUAAAUGUUGUACAUAUUAUAUAUGAUAUUAUCGAAGGCAAAAACAGAACACUGAUGACAUUUAACUAUUAUAGUUCUUCAUAAGUAUCUUACUUAGUUAUCUGUAAAUCUAUGUAAACGAGCCCACGAAUAUCAUAACGAAUAAAAUCGACAUUACUUUUA